AGCGGGGGCCGUAUUAAAUCCGACCGCGGGCCGCAAUUGGCCCGCGGGCCGGACUUUGGACAUGCCUGGUCUAUUGUGUUAGUUUGUAAAGUGCCCCCUAACUACUUGUUUUCAGUAUAACUGCUGCAGACGCAUGGCUGAGCGGGGCUACACCUCCUCCAGCUAGGAUAUCAACAGCAGUAAACUGGAGCAGCGGCAGGGCUGAGCUAUUUCUAGUCCGAUACUCCAACAGGCAAGGGCAGGAUACACGUGAGCAGCGGCCUCCCUCCAAUGUGCAGUGCUGAAAGCGCCUUCGGUCUCCGUUCAGUCUCUGAGCGCUCCAGGACGGUUGUGCGGCGAGGGCAGCGCCCCACGCUGAGCAAGUCUCCCCCGUCGGCCUGCACCGGGCGGGCAAGCGGGGCGCUGGCACCGGGGGGCCCAAAGCUCCUCCAGCGCCGCGGUGGCGGGCAGAAGAGCGAGCUCCGGCCCGCCCGCGGUGGGGGAAGAAGGGAAAAGCGAGCUCCGGACACGGGAGGGGGCACAGAACGGCCAAAAAGCGGUCAAAGUUCAAUGUCUGCGCUCCCUCAUGGCCCUUCUCGGCGCUGGGGGGGGCUCAAUCCGCCCGGCGCGAACGUUGACCUCUGACCCGCGGCUCAGCCAGCGGGGAUGACGCUUUGGGUCCUUUAUCGGGUUUAGGCGACCGCGCGCCGCCUGCCCCGGUCUGCUUCACGGGUCCAGGCUGGGACCAUUUUGCCAGGGUGAAGGGUCCUCCCAGGCAGCGGAACGGUGCCUGCUGGUCCGGGUCGCGUCCCUGUCCCAGGCACCCUGCUCAGGGCGUAGGUGGCCAGGGCGCUGCCUGAUCAGUUGCCGGCAGAGGGAAGGGGGCUUGGUUGCACCUGCGUUCCGGAACAGGGCGCGGGCAGUCACGUGACUGGCAGCGGCCGGCGGCGCCUCGGAGCGAGGAGGAGGCUGCGGGCCCGGGGAGGGGAAGCCCGGACUCCCCUCGGCCAGGCAGGCCCCGGGCGCCAUGGGCAUUAAAUUUUUAGAAGUUAUUAAGCCUUUCUGUGCAGUUUUACCUGAAAUCCAGAAGCCUGAAAGAAAGAUCCAGUUCAGAGAAAAAGUGCUAUGGACCGCUAUUACACUAUUCAUUUUCUUAGUGUGCUGUCAGAUACCUUUGUUUGGAAUCAUGUCAUCAGACUCUGCAGAUCCUUUUUAUUGGAUGAGAGUCAUUCUUGCAUCAAACAGAGGGACUCUGAUGGAGUUGGGUAUCUCGCCCAUUGUGACAUCUGGUUUGAUCAUGCAGCUGUUAGCUGGUGCCAAGAUAAUUGAAGUUGGUGAUACACCAAAAGACAGAGCACUUUUCAAUGGAGCCCAGAAAUUGUUCGGGAUGAUUAUUACUAUUGGCCAGGCCAUUGUGUACGUCAUGACUGGGAUGUAUGGAGAUCCUGCCGAAAUGGGUUAUUAUAUCUGCUUACUUGCAUUUCUUUCCCCACAGUUGUUUGUUGCUGGUUUGAUUGUGCUGCUGUUAGAUGAGCUGCUGCAGAAGGGUUACGGCUUGGGGUCUGGUAUUUCCCUCUUUAUUGCUACCAACAUCUGUGAGACCAUUGUCUGGAAGGCGUUUAGUCCCACUACUAUUAAUACAGGCAGAGGGACAGAGUUUGAAGGUGCGGUGAUUGCAUUAUUCCAUCUUUUGGCUACACGAACUGACAAAGUCCGUGCAUUACGGGAGGCUUUUUACCGACAGAACUUACCCAAUCUCAUGAAUUUGAUUGCUACAGUGUUUGUGUUCGCAGUGGUCAUAUAUUUUCAGGGAUUUCGUGUUGAUUUACCUAUCAAGUCUGCUCGAUACCGUGGACAGUAUAGUAGCUAUCCUAUCAAGCUCUUCUAUACCUCCAACAUUCCCAUCAUUCUUCAGUCUGCCUUAGUUUCAAACCUCUAUGUCAUUUCCCAGAUGUUGUCUGUUCGGUUUAGUGGCAACUUCUUGGUAAACUUACUAGGACAGUGGGCAGAUGUCAGUGGUGGUGGCCCUGCUCGCUCUUAUCCAGUUGGUGGCCUCUGCUAUUAUCUAUCUCCCCCAGAAUCCAUGGGGGCUAUAUUUGAGGAUCCUGUCCAUGUAAUAGUUUACAUAAUUUUUAUGUUGGGAUCCUGUGCGUUCUUCUCCAAAACAUGGAUUGAGGUGUCUGGUUCAUCAGCGAAAGAUGUUGCUAAGCAACUGAAAGAACAGCAAAUGGUGAUGAGAGGCCACAGGGAUACAUCAAUGGUUCAUGAGCUUAAUAGGUACAUCCCUACAGCAGCUGCAUUUGGUGGCUUAUGCAUUGGCGCCCUCUCAGUAUUAGCAGACUUUCUUGGAGCCAUUGGAUCAGGCACUGGCAUCCUGCUUGCAGUCACCAUUAUUUAUCAGUAUUUUGAAAUCUUUGUAAAAGAACAGGCUGAAGUUGGAGGAGUAGGUGCUUUAUUUUUCUAAAUGUCCAAAUAUUUCAUGAUUUGCUUGAAUGGGAAAGUAUUUUGACAACAUGCCUCACUCAGUCCAAUAAUGCUGUCGUCUUUUUCAGUUUAAGUGCUGAGUCCCAUUAUCAUAAUGGGCAUUGAGCAAUGCCUGUGUGCAGCAUCAGUACCAGCUGCCUUAAGAAUAAAGUUUACAUUAUCUUGUUUAAAUAGAUCUAGUGUUGCCUGUAAUGCUGGAAAUCACUGCAUCUACUUGCUGUUCAGACACUACAGUGGGAUGGUAAAAGGUAACAGUUUGAUUACUAGAAAUCAUUUUUGCACACAGUGUAAAGAUCUUAAAUUGAUUUCCCCAUUUUAGUAGGAAAACAAAGCCCAGAGUGCAGAUUCCCACAUGCCAAUAUUCUUGAGCUUAUUAAAUAAGUUCUUGACAGAAUUUAUAUUUUACAUGAAUUACUUUUUAUACUUUUUUAAUGUGCAUUUCUCCAUCGUUGUGCUUCAGUAUUCCCUAUUCAUUUGUGUCAUCUCCACUUGGGCACCAGAUUCCUACCUAUGAGAGUGAAUAGGUUUUACCUAAGUGCUACUCAUCUCACCUCUGAAUUGGUUCUGCUGUGAGGGGUGCUGUAUGUGCAAAGCCUAGGGAGCACUUCCAUUCUUGGCCUUGGGCUUCCUGCAUAGAAGGUGCUGUCAUGCCACCAGGUUGGCCUAUGCCUUUUGUAUUUAACAAGUACUUGUGAAAACUGUGCCACUGAAACUUCAUGUCCACUUUGCUUUUGUGAGCCUGAACAGAGGCCUGCUUCCUAAAGCAGUGUUUGGAGUGGGGAGAUGGGGAAAAUUAAUAGUACCUGC